AUGAUUCACCACCUCCAGGGCCACGAGGUGGUCGAAAGCCUCACCACCAUCGCCACCCCACACCGCGGCUCCUCCCUCGCCAAACGGUUCAUCGACCAGGGCUACGACCGGCACCUGGCCCGGCUGGGCAUCGGUGCGGAGGCGUUCCGCUGCCUCACGCCCCAGUUCGUGCAGGGCCUCAACGAGGCCACGCCCGACCACCCCGACGUCCGCUACUACUCCUACGCGGGCUUCAAGCCGCGCAACGCGAUGAGCGGGUGGGGCCGGUGGGCCUACGACCGCGUGCACGAGCGCGAGGGCGCCAACGACGGCUUCGUCGGCGUCCAGGGGGCCGUGUGGGGCCGCUUCCUGGGCACCGUGUCGGCCGCGCACCUCGAGUUGAUCGACUGGCGGCUGGGCGUUCGGAGCGCGCACCGCUUCCGCGUGCUGCCGGACUUCUACGACCAGGUGCUGCACAACCUGGCGCAGCUUGGGCACUGA